CUGAUAUUAUCUCAACGGUUGAAUUUAGUUACUCUGGAGAUCUUCUGGCAACAGGAGACAAAGGUGGCAGAGUGGUUAUAUUUCAAAGGGAACCAGAGAAUAAAAGCCGUCCUCAUUCGAGGGGAGAAUAUAAUGUUUACAGUACCUUUCAGAGUCAUGAACCUGAGUUUGACUACUUGAAAAGUCUAGAAAUUGAGGAAAAAAUUAAUAAAAUUAGGUGGUUGCCACAACAGAAUGCUGCUCACUUCUUAUUAUCUACAAAUGAUAAAACUAUUAAAUUAUGGAAAAUCAGUGAAAGGGAUAAAAGAGCUGAAGGUUAUAACUUGAAAGAUGAAGAUGGACGACUUCGGGAUCCAUUUAGAAUCACAGCGCUACGGGUGCCAAUAUUGAAACCCAUGGAUCUCAUGGUAGAAGCAAGUCCCCGAAGGAUAUUUGCAAAUGCACACACAUAUCACAUAAACUCUAUUUCAGUCAAUAGUGAUCAUGAAACAUACCUUUCUGCAGAUGACCUAAGAAUCAACCUGUGGCAUUUAGAAAUCACAGAUAGAAGUUUUAAUAUCGUAGACAUAAAGCCUGCUAAUAUGGAGGAAUUAACAGAGGUGAUAACUGCAGCAGAAUUUCAUCCUCAUCAUUGCAACGUGUUUGUCUACAGCAGUAGCAAAGGAACUAUUCGGCUCUGUGACAUGCGUUCUUCUGCCCUUUGUGAUAGGCAUUCAAAAUUCUUUGAGGAGCCUGAAGAUCCCAGCAGCAGAUCAUUCUUUUCAGAAAUAAUAUCUUCAAUAUCUGAUGUAAAAUUCAGUCACAGUGGUCGAUACAUGAUGACCCGAGACUACCUCUCAGUUAAAGUGUGGGAUCUAAAUAUGGAAAACAGGCCAGUAGAGACCUAUCAGGUUCAUGAAUAUCUCCGGAGCAAACUCUGUUCGCUGUAUGAGAAUGACUGCAUCUUUGACAAAUUUGAAUGCUGCUGGAAUGGUUCGGAUAGUGCCAUUAUGACUGGCUCCUAUAACAACUUCUUUCGGAUGUUUGAUCGGAAUACGCGGAGAGAUCUUACGCUAGAGGCCUCCAGAGAAAGUAGCAAACCUCGAGCGAUCUUAAAGCCCCGGAAAGUCUGUACGGGGGGCAAAAGAAAGAAAGAUGAAAUAAGUGUUGACAGCCUGGACUUCAAUAAGAAGAUCCUCCACACAGCCUGGCACCCAGCGGAGAACAUCAUUGCUGUAGCUGCAACCAAUAACUUGUAUAUAUUCCAAGACAAAAUUAAUUAAAGACGGCUCAUUUGAGGACAGCGUUGUCGUCUUGAAUAGUUAAGCUCUGUUGUUUAUCUGUCAGAGGCGGCCUUCUUGUCCUUCCGGUAAAGAACAUGGAUGCACUUAUUCCCCCUUUAUAGGCAAAGGAGAGAAACCGGCCUGGACUUGAGUUCGUGGUGUAUUUCUGCCUUCAGUGAGGGGGGAGACGGGGGGGACAUGGAAUUGGUUUUUGUAAACAAGGAAAGCCCACUGGAAGCAGAAUUGAUGGACAAUACUUAAUAAAAGUCACUAUUAAAAAAUGUA